AUGACCGGUACCAAGCCAGUCAUUGAAGAGAUUACACACCACUCCUCUAUGACUCUUACAAGUGCCCAUACUCAUACCGUUUGGUUGAUCAAUUGGUCUCCCAAGGGUGACCUCUUGGCCUCUGGUUCAUUUGACUCGACAGCUUUGAUUUGGACCAAUCACAAAUUUGAUCAAAGACUCGAUCAAGCCGAUGCUCAGGACUUGGAAGACAAACCAGGAAGAGCUAGAUUGCCCAUCCUUGAUGGUGAGGAAGAGGUCAAAGAGAGCUGGGAGUGUUUGAUGUCACUCAAAGGGCAUGAGAGCGAAGUCAAAGGAGUUGCAUGGAACCGGAACGGAAAUCUGUUGGCAACCUGCUCUUGGGAUAAGAGUGUAUUGAUCUGGGAAAUCCUGGUUGGCAAUGAGUUGCAGGCUCAUCAGAAUGUGAUCCUGGAUGAUGAAGGCUACAAAGUGAUCGCAGUCUUAAUAAGAAGUCAAAUCGGUAUGUUGGUCACCGGUUGA